UUGGCUCGUGCCCGGAUGGGGCGGAGCUGGUGCGAGAACCCGGACUACAAAUUCCAGGGUCCAGUUGGGACCGCGGCUCCCCGGAGGCGGCGGCGGCGGCGCAGAAAUUCCUGAAGACCCCCCUCCCCGCCCCCCAGAAAGGACGUCUGGCGCCAGCAGAAGGACAAAGGGCAAGGCCUUCAAACUACAGACCAGAUAAUGGGUCAGUCAAGCUGAAGCCCCAUCUGCAGCUCUCCCUGAGCGCAUAAAAAGUCUGCUCCCUCCCCAAUUCACCGCUGGCGCUUUCACCUGCACCCAGAUUUUGACAUUUUGUCAUUGGCUGAUUGGCGCAGCCAGUUUGUGUCUUGGAUUGAACAAUGAAGUUGUUAAGAUUCAUUUUCCACGAGCCACCUCUAAACAUUGCCCUUGUGAAGUCCCUUGGUGCCACUUUGCUAAUGGAAGGAGCUCAAGCCUGGCAUUGGGAUUGGUGACUCUGAGAGCCAGCUGGUCUGCUCUUUCCACAAUGGCUUUGCAGUUCUUUGAGGAGAUGUUUCCCUCUAACAUGAGACUGCCGCUGCUCGUGACCGCGGGCAUCCUGCUCGUGGCUCUCCUACCCUGCCCUCCAUGCAGGGCCCUCCUCAUCCGGGGGCCUGUCCCAGGCGCCCGACAGGCCCCACAACUUCCCCAACCCCUAGAUUUCUUCCAGCCGCCGCCGACGCAGGUCCUUCCAGUUCGGCAGGUCCCGCUUAUCAUGGGGGAAGAAUACUUCUUCCGCCAAGGUAACCUCAAUAAGAGCCCCGCUGCUCCCCUCUGGUCAGCCUCCUCGCCCCUCGCCCGCCGCAGCAGCAGCCACCUUUCCCCUCACGAGGUAGCUGCCAACUUUUUCCGUGCAUUGAGGCAGCUGCGGUCGCUUCCCCGGCGCCCGCUCGAGAGACCUGCGAGUCCCGCUGAGCGAGGUGCUGAGAGCGCCCUCAGCCGUCGCCAGGAAGCCCCGAAAAAGGAGAGGCGAUCCCCGGAGAUUAUCACCUCACUGGAUCUCUCCGUCUACAUCCUCCAAGAAAUGAUAAAAUUUACCAAGGCCAAAAAGUUAGCACAGCAAGCUGAAGAGAACAGGAAACUGAUGGAGAGUAUUGGGAAAUGAAAUGGUGCCUUUGGCCAAAGCGAUUCUGCAUUUAGCACAAAAAUAA